AUGGCUCCGACCCUGGCCACAGCGUUUGCCAGGCGCUGGUUUAUGGCCGUGUCGGCUAUCGUUGAAAAUCUGCUCUUCUCUGCUGUUCUGCUGGGAUGGGGAUCGCUCCUCAUCAUGCUCAAGUCCGAAGGUUUCUACUCUUACCUUUGCAACGAGGAGGUUUUAGAAAACACUACCAGCUCCAAUCUGUCCCAACAUCUGGCAACAUCGCCACCUGAUGAAUACGCUGAAUAUUAUGAAAAUGACGCUGGCGUGGUCGGACUGGGCGACGGGGUGGAGAUGAGGCCUCUGCUCCCUCAGGAUGGCCUGAUGAAGAUGAACGGCUGGCUGAUCUGUAAAGAGCAGGAUGAGAUGCUGAACCUGGCCUUCACCGUCGGCUCCUUCCUGCUGUCGGCCAUCACGCUGCCGCUGGGGAUCGUGAUGGAUAAAUACGGACCUCGUAAGCUGCGACUGCUGGGCAGCACAUGCUUUGGAUUGUCCUGUCUACUCAUCGCCUACGGUGCCUAUAGUCCAAACGAACUCUCGGUCCUUAUCUUCAUCGCCCUGACUUUUAAUGGCUUCGGGGGCAUGUGCAUGACGUUUACGUCGCUCACAUUGCCUAAUAUGUUUGGGAACCUCCGCUCCACCUUCAUCGCCCUGAUGAUUGGCUCCUACGCUUCCUCCGCUGUCACCUUCCCUGGCGUUAAGGUGAUCUAUGACCUUGGCAUACCCUUCAUCACGAUCCUGGUGGUGUGGGCCGCCUGUUCUGGGGUCGUCUUCUUGAACUGCUUCUUUAACUGGCCAAUGGAACCAUUCCCAGGACCUGAAGAUAUGGACUACACUGUGAAGAUCAAGUUCAGCUGGCUUGGUUUUGACCAUAAAAUCACAGGGAAGCAGUUCUACCAACAAGUGACCACAGUGGGCCGUCGACUGAGUGUCGGGAGCAACCUGAAGCAAAAAGAUGUGCCGACUAAAGAUGGAAACAAUCUCUGCCUGUCCACCAUGGACCUGGAGAUGGACUGCAAGUCACAGGAUGAAUCCCCGUCAUUCCUGAAAACAAUCACCACUCCGAUUUUCGUGCUCAGCCUGGUGACCAUGUCCAUCACCCAGCUCCGUCUCUUGUUCUACAUGGGGGCCAUGAACAGCGUCCUGGAGUCGCUCACCGAUGGAGACCUCAACACCGUGGAAAGGAUGGAAGUUGUGAGUCUGUACUCGUCCAUCUUCGGCGUGCUGCAGCUGCUCUGCCUGAUGACCACCCCUGUAAUUGGUCAGAUCAUGGACUGGAAACUGAAGGACUGCGAUGAUGGAGAGGAGGAAAAGAAGCCCUUGAGCAAGGGUGAAACAAAGACAAAGCGCAGAGACAAAAAGACCCAGAAGGUGACCAACGCCUUGCGGGCGUUCGUGCUCACAAACGUCCUUUUGGUGGGAUUUGGCAUCACCUGCCUCAUACCCAACCUCCCCCUGCAGAUUGUGUCGUUCGUCCUCCACACUGUGGUGAGAGGGUUCAUCCACUCUGCUGUCGGUGGUCUCUACGCUGCCGUGUAUCCGUCCUCACAGUUUGGCAGUCUGACAGGCAUGCAGUCUCUGGUCAGCGCCGUGUUCGCCCUGCUGCAGCAGCCUCUCUUCUUGGCCAUGAUGGGCCCCCUUGGCGGAGAUCCAUUCUGGGUCAAUAUCGGCCUCCUCGCGCUCAGCAUGCUGGGUUUCUUGCUGCCGCUUUACCUGGUGUGCUACCGACAGACCCUCUACAAGCAGCAGAGGGAGAAAGAGGACGACGCUAAGAUCUACAUCAGGAUCAACGGCUCCGAUGUGCCCGAGGCUUUCGUCUAGAGCGGCGGAGAGCGGCGAGCGAAGAUGGAAACGUGGGCAAUUCGAUGAAACACGUCAACAAGAGCAAAAAAAAAAUAUCUGUCAAGAUGCUAACAGACUGCCUUGCCCGUCUUCCCAAAAUCUACAGUCACAGAAACUGGACCACUGGUCGGUUUGGCGAGGAGAAAGAAGAGCAAGAGAGAGGAAAGACUGUGAAAGGAGUGAGGCACCGGUCCUCUGUAUCCCCCCAAAUCCUCUAACUUCUCUUUUUUUAUUCCCUCCACUCUGAGUUGCACUUUAGUGUAGAUCCAUUCCACACAAAACUGCUUUAAAAAUUCCCCUGAUGAGCAGGAAAAUAGGAUGAAUUUCUACCUUCGGAAGCAGCAACUUUGCUACAAGUUGCCCUCACAACCAGCCUUUUCAUAAUUGAUGGCUGAUUUUAUAUGUCUAGACCUAAAAGUCAUCUGAACUGUUGAAACCUGUCUGCCUGUGGAUUUCUUUCAGCAGAUGGUGGAAAGGGAAAUGCAUUUUGAGAGAUAGGGAAAAGAAUAAUAAUGUUGAUAUUUUCUUAGGCCAGUAGAGAAAACAGUAAUGACGAAGUACAGAGUCUUAUUUUUCUGGGUUUUUGUGCCGUUAACAUGUGAUUGUAGUGCGGCUCACUGUUUCUUAGUGUUAAAUAACCAGCAGGAUUUCUGGGAGGAUGUGUUCUGCUAAAGGCAUCAUGCAAAACUGUGGCAUGUUUUACGAAAAGCAAACUGUUCGGUUUUGUUUAGAUUAUUUAUUUCUUGUUAAUGUUUUGUAUUUCACCAUUAGUGCCUUUCCAAUGCAACUUUGUCAAAGAGGUUGGUUCAGCCGAUGUUUUUACAUCGCGAUUAAAAACCAGAAUUCCCUUUACGAUUCAUGGCAACACUACUUGCACAAUGAGACUUUUUGGAACAUUU